GAUAUCUGGGAAACAGUCUAAGAGGAUCAUGUUGGUAUAGUGAAUGAAAAGACACUUCAUUUGUCCCCCACCAGAGAGAUGGAAACCUUGAUGACUGGUUCCACCUUGCCUCCCCUUUUUGCAGAUGAAGAUGGCUCCAAGGAGAGUAAUGAUCUGGCUACAACUGGGAUAACCCACCCAGAGGUUCCAUAUAGUAGUGGAGCCUCAUCAUCCACAAAUAAUCCAGAAUUUGUUGAGGACCUCUCCCAAGGUCAGUUGCUUCAGAAUGAGUCUUCAAAUACAGCAGAAGGCAAUGAACAGAGGCACGAAGAUGAGCAAAGAAGUAAACGAGGAGGUUGGUCCAAAGGAAGAAAGAGGAAGAAACCUCUUCGAGACAGCAAUGCACCCAAAUCCCCCCUUACAGGAUAUGUUCGGUUCAUGAACGAGCGUCGAGAACAGCUUCGAGCAAAAAGACCAGAAGUCCCAUUUCCAGAAAUUACAAGGAUGUUAGGCAAUGAAUGGAGUAAACUUCCUCCAGAGGAAAAACAGCGCUACCUUGAUGAAGCAGAAAGAGAUAAGGAGCGUUACAUGAAGGAACUGGAGCAGUAUCAGAAGACUGAGGCCUACAAGGUUUUCAGUAGGAAAACCCAGGACCGUCAGAAAGGCAAAUCUCAUAGGCAAGAUGCAGCCCGACAGGCCACUCAUGAUCAUGAGAAAGAAGCAGAGGUAAAGGAACGGUCUGUUUUUGACAUCCCUAUAUUUACAGAGGAAUUCCUGAACCACAGCAAAG